AUGAGGAACUUAUCUCAUUACGGUCCUGCACUAUGUGUUAAAUUUUACAAUGAUUAUGUUCUUGCUGGUUAUGGACCCUUCAUCCAUGUUUAUGACUAUCGUUCAAAUACGUUGAUCAAUAAAUGUAGAUUAUUUCACUACAAUAAGGUUCAUGGAAUAAACAUUUCGACUUAUGGUAAAAUUCUGGCCUAUGGUGCGAGAUCUGUGACAAUAUUGAAACUCGAAGAUGUUCUAAAGAAAGCUUCAUUAGAGGAUUCCGAAAGAAUUAAUUCAGAUUGGGUUACCGGCGCUACGUUUAGUUUUGACGAGUCACAAAUAUAUUUGUUGACUUGUUAUAAUAAAGUACUUGUUUGUGAUUUGAAUUGUGAAGUGAUUUCGAGGAAAUCUCUAAGUGGAGAAAGGUCUAUUCUAUAUUCCGGUAUAAUUAAGGUUUUCGGUCCAGACAAGGUAUAUGUCAAUGCAGGUACCGUUAUGGGCGGUGUUAUCAUUUGGGAUUUAUUUUCAGAAACGAAAAUUCACAAUUUACUGGGUCAUGAAGGUUCUAUAUUUUAUGUUAAUCUGAGUAAUAAUGGGAAAUAUGUGGCCAGUUGUUCUGAUGAUAGAUCAAUUAGACUAUGGGAUCUACAAACCGGUGAGCAAUUGUCGAUCGGGUGGAGCCAUACCGCAAGAAUUUGGAAUUUAAUGUUUUUUGAUAAUGAUACGAAAUUAAUAAGUGUUUCUGAAGACUGCACAUGUCGUAUAUGGAAUAUUGUCGAAUCACAAAAAAAGGAUGCCGAAUUAUCCAUAUCCAACGUUUAUGAAGUACAUUUAAUCAAGAGUAUAUGGGGAGUUGAUGUGAAAGAGGAUGAGAUGAUAGCUGUGACCUCUGGGAAUGAUGGUAGAUUGAAACUGAUUGAUCUUCACCAGUUGAAAAGACAUGGCGACGAAGAAUUAUCAUUCAGUCUAGAUGAUAUCACCGAACAAUGUGGCAUCAUUUUUGAUAGAAAUGAGAGCAUCAAGGGGUUCCAAGGAUUCCCUUUUGGUGUAGUUGCUAUCACUUCGUCAGGUAAAAUUCUGAAAUUUAGUGACGUUACGAAACAAUGGAAAUUAUUGCUAACUAAUGAAAAUUUUAUUUCUUAUCCGAUUACGAAUGGAAUUCAAACAGAUAAUAUCGCUGUUUUUUCUAAUAAUAAGAGUGAUGUUCUCCUGAUGAAAUUCAGCGAAAAUGGGGCUGACAUAAUUCAAUCUGAAGAAUUCCAUUUGGAUGAACUUUCCAAGACAAAUAAUUGUCUCGUAGCUGAAUUCAAUGAUCAAUCAUUCUUACUUACAUUGCAGUCUCCAAACCCUCGUGAUAAGUUUUUAUGUUUAGAAAUAAGUCGUCAAGACUUGAAAAUCAAAAGUAAGCACUGCUUUAACAAACCUGAAAAUUUUUCGCCUUCGUGCUUAACGUCCUUCAAGAAUCAUAUUUUAGUCGGCUCACGUUUUAGCACAGUAGUGAUUUACAACUUACUUGAUGACAAUGAAGAGCCCUUCAUAAUUAGAAGAUUAAGCCCUGGCGAUACAACCACCUCAAUAGAAUUUGUGGAAAGUAAGGAUCAUUCUGCCGUCUUUUCUGUAACAAAUAGAGAUGGCUAUUACGUUUUUAUUGAGUUAACUAAAACCUAUGUGGAAGGGCUUCCUCAACACAUUAGUUGCAAGGUUUUGCAUUCUAAUAAGAUGAUGAAGGGUUUUCUGGAGGGCGCUUUCUUUAACUCAAACGGUGAGUACAUUACUUAUGGGUUCAAGUCUAGCUUAUUUUACCUCUACAACGAGACCAACUGCUAUGAAUUAGCUAGUGAAGUAUGUGGUGGUUCCCAUCGUCUGUGGAAUCUCAGUAAAAUCGCCAACGGUCACAUACUAAUGUAUAUCAAGGCAUCCCGCUUUCAUCUAAGAAAAAUUUACAAUUCAGUUGUCCCUGAAACUUUAGAAAACGGUAUUCACGGAAGAGAAAUUAGAGAUAUUUCAAUCUGUCCGAACACGAAUGCCAACACGAAUGGCAAUUUUAAUAAUGGUCAUAUAUUCUGCACCGCGUCUGAAGAUACUACCAUCAAGUUAGGAUAUUUCGACAAAAAAACAGGUAAGGUAAAUAAUUUUUGGACUCAAAGAAAGCAUGUUUCUGGGCUACAACGUUGCCAGUUCAUCAAUGAAAGAUUAAUGAUAUCAUCCUCGGCUAGAGAGGAACUGUUUUUAUGGGAAUUGAAUGAUAAGUAUGACAAACGGCCAUAUAUGACAAUACGACAAACAUUACCCACAUCUACAAAUAACCCCGAUUUAAGAAUUAUGGAUUUUGAUGUAAAAUUUGUAUCUCAAUCAGGUAACUUUAUAUUGGCUACUGUUUAUUCGGAUUCCACGAUAAAAAUUUGGUAUUAUGAAGAUGAUCAAAAUAAGUUUGACCUAAUCAUGCAAGGCCGCCAUAAGACGUGCUGCUUAUUUAAUGUUGUUAUUAUUACACUGAAAGAUCAAAUCCUUGUUGUCGUUUCACCAACGAAUGGAUAUCUAGUUGUUUAUGAUAUAACAGAAUUCGUUCCAUUUACCGUUGAUCUAACUUCUGGUGAUUUAGUCGAAACCAAAUUGAAUACUACUAUUUCAGAUCUUCCCGCUCCUGUAUCACAAUUACAAGUACAUCAGUCCGGUAUUAAAUCUUUAGAUUAUGUUGUCGAUACGACAAGAUCUUUAGCAACAAUUUUAACAGGUGGUGAUGACAACGGCUUGGGGUUGACCAACUUGAAAUUAGAUGAUGCGAAUACAGCAGUGUUAAAGCUAAGUGAUUUUAUUGCUUCUGCUGCUUCUUCUACAAUAACAUCAGGUAUGUUGAUUAAUAGUGGUAAAGAAGCUAUUACCACAUCGGUUGAUCAAGUAAUACGCGCUUGGAAAAUUACCGCAGGCAAACUUUCGUUGGCAGAUAAGAAGCGUACCACUGUAGCGGACACAGGAUCACUAGAUAUCAUCUCCAAUGAUGAACACCCUGAUUCCAAUAAAACGUUACUGAUUGGAGGAGUGGGUUUAUCUAUUUGGAGUAAAUAA